GUAUUCUUCAGGUAGAGUAGCAACACACUACUGAUAUAUCCAAUUUUGGUAAAUUAACAAGCACUCCUGGCUGGGACCUUCCCUUGCCCCAGUGACCUAAGUGAAUGCUCCACUUUACUUUCCACAGAACCGUCGCCAUCAUUACUUCUGUCAUUCUCCUUCCAUUAACCCCAGCACCACCAUACUUGACCUAACUUCACUAAUGUGGAGAAAUUUUCUCCAGGAGGGGAGUAUCAGCCCCCUUCAGCCCCUUUCAGCCCUGAGGGGCCAAGCCCUCUCAGAAAGGGCGAGUAUCUUGUUUACUGCUAGAGUGAGUAAUUGAUCACAGAUGCCGUAUGCAUGGUCAAAUGACCUCUGCUCCUUGCAGUCCAGUGUUGCAAAGUGUAUUUUUAUAAGAGACAGUGCAUCUCUUACUUUAGCAGGACAAUUAAGGAAAAUCCUGCUCCCACUUUAUUACCAUAGUAAAGAUAGUGGACAUUGUUGUCUAUGCUUAAGAGAGCAAGAAUCAAACAUUCUGCUUUGCUUCAUCGAGGAAGUGGCAAGGAAGCAAGGAGUACUAGGUCAGCUUUUUUUUUGUGCUGGGGGCAGUGACGGCAUGGAGCGCUGUGGCGUCUUUCAGAUUACUUUUGACUCUAGCGAGUGACACUGACGCCAGGAUAACCAACAAAGAACACUGAUCUGUGCGUUAGUGUGGACAAAGUGUCUCACAAAACACGAUAAACACUUACAGAGAAGUGUGAUCAACUUCUUAGUGAUAUUGUGUGAACAAUUAUUGAUGAACAGUGUAACAAUGAGUGUUGCGAUCCAACAGAGUGUAGUGCGACAUUCUUCAAAGAACACUAUUCUUCAAUCAACUCAACGGAUAUCCGGGCGUAAUUACGGGUCAGAUACAUAUACCCAGUUGUCUGCGCCAAGAACUUGUCCAAGAAAGAUUUUUUCAGUUUGCCAGACCCGUUUGCCAAGAUCAGCGUGGAGGGGUCAGGUCAGUGCCACUCUACAGACACCUGCCGCAAUACUCUCGACCCCAAGUGGAACCAGUACUACGACCUGUGAGUACCUGCUACUGCACUUUACUGAGCAGAUAUUGAAUGAGGAAUUAGAUCAGCUAAGUUGUGAUGACAGUGUACACUUGUUCCCAGGUGAGGGAGCUUGUACCUCCAUGAGAGACGAAAGGAACUAAACCAUAUGAGCACAGAUGAUAUGGCAGACUGUGCAGGAUACCUUCAGUGAAAAACAGGAGAGAAACAAGUGUCCCGUAGCUCGAUUGCUAGCGCACCCAGCUCACACACUGAGGUUCGUGGUUCGAUUCCCGGUACGGGUGGAAACAUUAGGACAUGUUUUCUUAAGAUACCUGCUGUCCCUGUUCACCUAGCAGUAAGAAAAAAAUAGGUACCUGGGUGUUAGUCGACAAGUAUUGGUCGCAUCGUGGGGACAGAAUUGACGUAAUUUGCCGGAAAUGCUUCGCGUAACAAGGGUAUUUCUAUAUAGUAGUAUAUCAUUGAUGUCAGCUAGGACUGUAUACGGUGUACAUGUAAAAAUAAAGAUUAUUAUUAUUGAGAGGAAGCUCUGAAGUGUUAGGGAUCAACAAACACUUACCUGUAUUCAAAAGUGAACUCUACAGAUUCCUCAAAAUAGUUUGUGAUGAACCAGAUUGUGGUGCUUGCACUGGUUUAUGGGCGGCGGGCGUUGAUAGCUUGAUGGAUCAGUCUGCUCUGGGACCGGGCAGCGGGGGCAUUGACCUCAGGAAGUGGCACCACAUAGAAACGAUACUUGAGAUAGUUGAGAACGAUAUUUGAAAUGCAAAGAACAAGCACGAGAGGAAAUAGACGGAAACUAAAAAUACUGAUG